AUGGCAGCAACGAAUUUGAAUAAGUUCACAGAUACUAUUAACGAAGGAGCAGUGCAGAAGAUGCUCGAUUCACGUUUGAAUCUCAAGAAAUAUGUGUUAGAAAAUAGUCGUCAAGGUGAUAUUCAAAAUGUUAUUGAUACAAUCGAUAAAUUUGGUUGGACACAACAAUGGUUAAUGAAUAUCGGCGACACGAAAGGGAAGAUUCUCGAUCAAGCGAUUCAAACAAAGAAACCUAAAACAGUUCUCGAAUUAGGUGAGAUUUUUCUCGGCAAAAUAUUUUGUUAUGCCAUCUGUUCAAAUACUGUAUUUCUUUCUGUUGAAGCUGAUACUCAAUCAGCUGAGAUUGCUCGUUCAAUAUUUGAACACGCUGGAGUUACCGAUCGUAUCCAAGUUAUCAAUGAGUAUACAGACAAGGUGAUUCCACGUUUGAGCAAAGAUUUCAAUAUUGAUUCAUUCGAUUUGAUAUUUAUCGAUCACUACAAAGAUGUGUAUUUACGUGAUUUGAAAUUACUAGAAGAAAACGGUUUGAUCAAAUCUGGAACAAUGAUUGUAGCGGAUAAUGUUAUUUGUCCCGGUGCACCUGAUUAUUUAAAUUACAUUCGAGGCAAUCCAAAUUAUACAACUACAUUUCAUGAAACUACUCUCGAGUAUAGAAAUGAUAUUGUCGAUGGAGUUGAAAUAUCUGUUCGAAAAUAA